ACUGGAGGAAUAUAGCUAAGGUAAUUUGGCCUUCAUAAGGUGUAAUCAUGGACAGGAUCCUCUGAUCCCUUUUUAAAGCCAUUUGAGUUGGUGUUCCAACAUUUCAUGUUAUGGAAGCAAAUUUCAUAGUUUGAGGAUGCACUGUGUGAAGAAUCACUUUUGUGCUUCCCAAAGGUGCCUGGUUGGUCACACUGAGAAUGAAAUGCUGGAUUGUUGGGCCAAUAGCUGGAUACAGCCAUUUGUCUGUCUAGUUCCAGAUGUCUUGAGAUACAUUUGGUAUUGUGUUUUUUGAGCUGUUGUGCCCCUCCCCUCGAAUGCUGUGUCAAAUCACUUUUGAAACUGCCAGGGAUCUUUUCAGAAGCAAUGCCAAACAACGCAGGACUUGCUGUUCAAAGCUGCAUGCACAGAGCAUAACACUAUUGCCUCAAACCUCUGAACACAGGUACCUGAUGACUUUUUAUUUAACUCUACACAUUUGGGACUACAGUACAGUACUCUUCUGAACGCAAGAACUCACUUUACAUAAAUUGUGAAUCUCUUCAUUUCAGAUUUUCAGAAAAGGUUUUUCGGAAUCCAAACAAUCUUUUCAUGCUCAUGAAGGAAGAGUAGUGGUACAGAGCGAAAUAAAAAGUCUCGUAAUCAGUUAUCAGUUCCCCUUGCCCUCCCUCCUGCACCUCUUGUUUAAGGCAAAGAGGCCAUAUCCUAAGGAACCUCGCUUCAGAGUAACAUGCCCCCGAACACUUCUCGGUUGAAAAUAGGGACGUCCGAUUCCAUAAUGAUAAUUUUAAUAUUUAUAUCCCACACAUCUUACUGGGUUGCCCCAGCCACUCUGGGUUACUUCCAACAUAUUAAAAAAAUAUAAUACAGUAAACAUUUUUUUAAAAAACCAACCCCUAUACAGGAUUGCCUUCAGAUGGCUUGGGGGGGGGGUCAAAUAACUCCAUACCCUCCAACAUUUCUCCCAUGAAAAUAGGGACAUCUAAAGCAGGCAUCCCCAAACUUUGGCCCUCCAGAUGUUUUGGCCUACAACUCCCAUGAUCCUUAGCUAAGAGGACCAGUGGUCAGGGAUGAUGGGAAUUGUAGUUCAAAACAUCUGGAGGGCCGAAGUUUGGGUACGCCUGGUCUAAGGGAAAGUGGGACAUUUCGGAAUCAAAUCAGAAGUUGGGACGGCUUCUCUAAAUCAGGGGUGUCCCUGGAAAAUAGGGAAGGUCUGGAAUAAAUCAAACGAAUCCUUGAGGUUAAUUUCAUGGACGUAGCAGGGAUUUGGGGGGGGGGCGUGAACAGCCGAAUUAUCUGGGAAAUCACGGGUAAAAAUAAUAACAAUAACAAGAGGAAUUAACGGGCGGGACAAGCUUCAGCUGGGUGAAGGCAGAAAGUCAGUUAAUUGAGCACCCCUUGGCCACGCCCAUGGUUAAUUUGCACACGCACAUUGGAGGGCAGGAGGACCUCCGUUGAUUGAGAACCUCAGUUAAUUGAAUAGCCCUUGGCUACAGCCCAUGGUUAAUUUCCUUAUUGGCCGCAGUACACACACACAGAGACGAAGACGGCAAAGCGAGAGCAGCGAGGAAAGAUGCUUGCCGGUCUUUGCCUCUGAGUCGGCAGCUCUACCGACAACUUAGGGCGGAUAAGGCGCCCCCCCCCGCCCCAAGGACAGGUGACGAGUUCGGCUCCCUGGUCCCCUCACCAAAGGCGCAGUGAGAAGGAGGACGUGAUUGGCACGUCGCUAAGUUGGGGACCGAAAUGCCAACCAGGAGACGGCAAGGCGAUGAUGAGCUGAAGUGUGGCUGAGGGCCAGUGGGAACACCGUGGCUGCCCUGCUUCCUGCCUGGGGUCUUUUACCGGCCUCCCGCUGACUCCUGUUCUUGCUUGUCCAUCUUAAGACUUUCACAUCCACGGGUGUGGCUGGUGCCAGACGUCAUAUAGGGUCAGGAUUCUGUUGUCUUGAGUUUGGGAUCCCAGAAGAGCCAAGACACAGGGAUCCUGCACGUUUCCUCUCCCGAGCAGAUUGUUUUCAGUCUCCACAGGCUACACAUAAAAAAUGUCUCCGGAUCCUCCGAGGCAAAUAGGAGUGUGGCGACAGACCAGAGCUCUUUUAUACAAGAACUGUCUAGUUAAAUGGAGGACUAAAAAGGCUAGUGUUCAGGAAGUCCUGAUUCCACUUACCUUUUUAGGUUUGCUAAUAAUAAUAAGCAUGAUUCAGCCUAACAAAAGACAUGAUGAAGUUCCGGAUUGUAAUCUUGAUUCUACGAGUUGCUCCAGCAUCUCUGAGUUUAUUAUUGGCUACACACCAGUGACUAAUAUGACAAGAACAAUUAUGCACAAAGUGACUUCAGAAUACUGCCCAGAAGCAGUAGAUGCAAGAGAAUUUCCGAGUGAGGCAGAAAUGGAAGAGGCUAGUCUUCAAGACCCAGAAAACUUUGUGGGUGUCAUUUUCAAUGAUUCCAUGUCCUAUCACCUCAGAUUUCCUACUGUAGUGGCUCCAAGAUCUUUAAUCCUCACGGAAUCAAUAGCCAGUUGUUCUACCCCUUCCAAAAUGUGCGAAGCUGAAACAUACUGGCAUUAUGGAUUCGCAGGCAUACAGAUCUACAUUGAUGCAGCAAUUAUAGAGUUGAAGACUAAUAAAUCAGUUUUGGAAGAACUGGAAUCAGCAAAAGCUGUCAAGAUGGGAAAGUCUGCUGUUGUGGAAAUAGAUAAUUUCUUUCGUGCAGUAAUCUUAAUUUACUUAGUUAUUGCCUUUUCACCUUUUGGCUAUUUUUUGACUAUUCAUAUCAUGACAGAAAAAGAGAAGAAACUGAAGGAAUUUUUAAUGGUAAUGGGACUUCAAGACACAGCUUUUUGGCUUUCUUGGGUCUUGCUCUACACCAGUCUGAUUCUUGUCAUGUCCCUUCUCAUGUCGGUUAUUGCAACAUUUUCUUCGCUCUUUCCCCAAAGUAGCAGCUUUGUGAUAUUUCUUCUUUUUUUCCUAUAUGGAUUAUCCUCCAUUUCCUUUGCGUUUUUGCUAACCUCUCUUUUCAAAAAAGUGAAUUAUGCUGGUUCAGCUCAGUUUUUCACAACGGUGGCUUUUGGUGCUGUGGGUCUGAGUAUUGCCCUGUUGGAAGAUUUUCCAAAGUAUUUUGUGUGGUCACUAAGCCCACUGUGUGAGUGCCCAUUUUUAAUUGGUGUUGUACAGGUGAUGCAUCUGGAAGAUUAUGAAGAAGGAGCUAUUUUCUCACAUAUAACUCAUGGCCCUUAUCCACUAAUUAUUUCUUAUACGCUGUUGACCCUUGAUAGUAUGCUUUACCUGCUCCUAGGGAUUUAUUUUGAUCAAGUGAUUCCAGGGGAAUAUGGAUUGCGGCGAAGCUUUUUCUUCUUCCUAAAGCCCUCAUUUUGGGUAAAGCGAACAAGAAAUUAUAAGGAAUUGUAUGAAAGCAGCAUUAAUGGAAGCUUAGAAUUCGGUGAGAUUGUUGAGCCUAUGUCUUCCGAAUUCCAGGGAAGAGAAGCUAUUAGAAUCAAUAAUGUCCAGAAAUCAUAUAUUAAAAAGGGUGAAACUGUGGAGGCUCUGAAAAGUUUAUCCUUUGACAUUUAUGAGGGUCAGAUCACAGCAUUACUUGGACAUAGUGGAACAGGAAAAACAACAUUAAUGAACAUUCUUUGUGGAUUGUCCCCACCUUCUGAUGGAUUUGCAUCGAUUUAUGGCUGUAGAGUUUCAGAAAUAGAUGAAAUGCUAGAUAUAAGAAAGGUAAUUGGAGUCUGCCAGCAGUCAGAUAUAUAUUUUGAUGUAUUAACCGUGGAAGAGAAUUUAUCAAUAAUAGCUGCGGUUAAAGGAAUACCUCCCAAUGAUAUGAUACAAGAGGUCCAGAAAGUUUUACUCGAUUUGGAUAUGCACCCCAUUAAAGAUAACCAAGCUAAAAAACUAAGUGGAGGACAGAAAAGAAAACUGUCGGUUGGAUUUGCAGUUCUUGGAGAUCCAAAGGUAUUACUCUUGGAUGAACCAACUGCUGGCAUGGAUCCAUGUUCACGGCAAACAGUUUGGAACCUCCUGAAAAAUGGAAAAGCCACUCGAGUGACUGUGUUCAGUACCCAUUUCAUGGAAGAAGCAGACAUUGUUGCUGAUCGGAAAGCUGUGAUUUCUCAAGGAAUGCUGAAAUGCCUUGGCUCCUCUCUGUUCCUUAAAACAAAAUGGGGAAUUGGCUACCGCUUGAGUAUGCAAAUAGACAGAUACUGUAACACAGAAGGCACAGCAUUUUUGAUCAAGCAGCAUAUCCCUGGAGCCAGUUUGUUAAAGCAGACUGAAGAGCAGCUUGUGUACGCCUUACCUUUUAACGACAUGGACAAAUUUUCAGCACUGUUUGCUGAUCUAGACAUGCAUUCCCAUUUGGGUGUUAUUUCUUACGGCGUUUCCAUGACUACCUUGGAGGAUGUGUUCCUCAAGCUGGAAGUUGAAGCUGAAAUUAACCACACAGAUUUCAGUGCAUUUAACUCGGAGCAAGCUGAAGAUGAAAUGGAUGCAAAAUCUAUGGAUGAGUUAGAGCAAAGUCUGCUAAUGCUAUCUGAGGCACAAUCGUGUGUACUAAGCAAUAAGUCUCUUUGGAAAAAACAGGUCUCUACUCUGGCAAAAGUUCAUUUUCUUAAUUUCAAACGUGACAUCAAAUCACUCACAGAAGUGUUUUUGCUAUUAACAGUGUUCCUUGGUGUUGAGAUUUAUAUGUUCAAUAUGUAUAGGCAGUACUUCAAAAAUGCAGUGGUUCCUAUUACGUUUUCUCCAGACUUAUACUUUCUUAAACCAAAUGAAACUCAUCAUAAAUACAAAAGCAGUCUCCUUGUUCAGAACUUCACUGGAUCAGACAUUGAUGGCAUCAUCAGCUCUCUUAUAAGCCAGAAUGUACGCACAGAAAUAUUCAAUGGCAGUGAUUAUGUAUCAGUUGCUCCCCACAAUGGAGCAUUAAAUGUAUCUCAUGCAGGCAAGAGCUACAUAUUUACAGCUGCUUUUAACUGUACCAUGAAACAUUCUUUACCAGUUAUGAUGAAUAUCAUUAGCAAUCUGUAUCUGCACAAUUUAAAUGUAACAGAAAACAUCAGUGUCUGGAGUAGUUCGUUCUUCCAUAAAAUUACUGACAGAGGUUUCAUAAUGGUGCUGGUUGUUCAAGCUUUGACAGUAGGAGUCACGAUAACUGGGUUGCCAUCAUAUUUUUCCAUGGACAAUGCAGAAAACCACAGGAUCAAAGCCUAUACUCAACUUAAGAUAUCAGGUCUUUAUCCAUCUGCUUACUGGUGUGGGCAAGCACUAGUUGACAUUCUUUUAUAUUACAUUAUUCUCCUCCUGAUGGUCGGAAUCUUGUUUAUAGUUCACCAUGGAAUUAUUUUUUUCCCUGAGGAGGCUCUUGCUGUGGUUUUGUGCCUUAUUGGCUAUGUACCAUCGGUAAUUCUGUUCCAUUAUGUUGUCUCUUUCACCUUCAAAACAAUACAAAACACCAAAGAAUUUUGGUCAUUAAUUUUUUCAACAGUAGCCUUGAUUUGCGUUAUUGUUAUUGACGUAGCUUUUAUUCAGUCAUACGCAAUAGCAAUUAUAAUUCACACUUGCUUUUCUAUCUUCAUCCCAAUAUAUCCUCUUAUUGGGUGUCUCAUUUCUCUAACAGAGGUAGCAGAGAAGCUUGAUCGAAAUAUGGAAAGAAAUACAGAAAGGCUAUUGGUUUCAACAAUAGCGCCCUACUUGCAAUGUGUCAUUUGGCUCUUCCUUCUACGCUAUCUUGAGGUGAAAUGUGGAGGAAAGUCAAUGAGAAAUGACCCAUUUUUCAGAACUCCUGUGAAGCUGAAGGCCAGGAAAUCGCCAGAUGUGCCGUUUGACGAGGAUGAGGAUGAGGAUGUUGUGGCUGAGAGGCUGAGGGUUAAGGAGAUGACAACGAGCCAGAGCUGUGAGGAGAAACCUGCAAUUUUGGUCAGCAAUUUACAUAAAGAUUAUGAUGAAAAGACGGAUUUUCUUCUCGGAAGAAAAAUAAAGAAGGUGGCAACCAAUCAGGUCUUCUUUUCUGUAAAAAAAGGAGAAAUUAUGGGACUGCUAGGCCCCAACGGAGCUGGGAAGAGCACACUGAUUAAUAUGUUGGUGGGAGAAGUAGAACCAACCUCAGGCCAGGUGCUGAUGGGAGAUUAUUCUUUAGGCGAAAAUAACAAGGAUAGCUCCAUGAGAUUUAUGGGAUACUGUCCACAGACAAAUCCACUCUGGCCUGAUAUUACAUUGCAGGAACAUUUUGAAAUCUAUGGUGCUAUCAAAGGAAUGAGUGAAAGUAACAUGAAAGAAUUCAUAAAAUGCAUUUCCCAUGCACUUGACCUCAAGGAACAUCUACAGAAAAGAACAAAGGACCUUGGAGUAGGAAUCAAACGAAAGCUAUGCUUUGCUCUUAGUAUGCUUGGUAACCCUAAUGUGACUCUAUUAGAUGAGCCAUCUACUGGUAUGGACCCUGUAGGGAUACAGCAGAUGUGGAAAGCAAUCCGGGCAGCCUUAAAAAGUAAGGAGAGAGCAGCUAUUCUGACAACUCAUUAUAUGGAAGAAGCAGAGGCUGUGUGUGAUCGAGUCGCAAUCUUGGUGUCUGGAAAAUUAAGGUGCAUUGGUACAGUUCAACAUCUCAAGAGUAAAUUUGGCAGAGGAUAUUUCUUAGAAAUGAAAUUAAGAGAAGUGCCGGAUUUACAGCAGAAGGAGCGUCUUCAAAGAAUGGUUUUGCGCAUCUUUCCAAACGCAAGUUGCCAGAAAAGCAUUGCCUCUAUUUUGGCUUACAAAAUUCCAAAGGAAGAUGUCCACUCGCUUGCAGUAUCUUUUUCUAAACUGGAGGAAGCAAGACAUGCUUUUAAUAUUGAAGAGUACAGCUUUUCUCAAGCAACACUGGAACAGGUAUUUAUGGAACUUGUCAAAGAGCAAGAAGAGGAAGAGAGCAAUUUUGGAACCCUAAAUGGAACAAUUAGUUGGGAAAGAUCCCAGGGGGAGAGAGUAAUUUUCUGAUUUGUUUCACUUUGCAGAAAUUCAAGAGCUUUGCUUGUCAGGGUUUUUGCUAAAUAUUUGUUUGCUGUGGCUCUAGAGAACAAAUACCGUAUCUUACAGAGCCUAUUCCUGAGCAAUUGAGUAAACCUUCUUUGCCUUAUGAAAUAUUAUGAAAUGCCUUUAUUUUCGAAUACUCUUGCUACUAUUCUAAGACUGGCUUCUUUUUUUAAAAAAAAAAAGUAAUAAUGAAAACCUAUGAUUUUAUCCUUUUGUUUCGUUCUGUAGUAACGGUGGAAAGAGGGCAAUGUACUUAAUAUUGUUUGCGGGCAAUUUAUUUUUCAAGAAACUCAUAAACUUUAUGGAAAGGACGAUUGGUCUUACCUGAAGCUUAGAUUUAGUGGGUUAGGAAGG